AUGCGAAAGUUAUUUCAAAUAACUUUUAACAAUUUUUUAUGUUCAAAAGUUUUUUACACAAGAAUGGGUGAAUGUGUAGGAGAAAUGGCAGAAAGUACGAUAAAUCCAUUAAAAAGGAUAUCUGAAUCCUGUAUGAAUGCUGUUGAAGAAAAGCGACCAUUGAUUGAAACACCAAGAGUCAAGAAAAGGAAGUGCGCAGUGCUGAUUUGUUAUUCUGGCCAAGGAUAUUUGGGCCUUCAAAGGAAUCCUGGUAUGAAAACUAUUGAAGAAGACUUGUUUGUUUCCAUGUUGAAGGCUGGAGUAAUAACUAAUGAAGCUUUUGAUCAGCCAAAAAUUAUUGAAUUUCAGAGAGCAGCAAGAACUGACAAGGGUGUUUCUGCAGUAAAGCAAGUUCUGUCAGUUAAAUUACCUUUAGAAGUAUGUCUCAAAACCGUCAACAGCUACUUGCCUGAACAAAUAAGGAUGGUUGCUAUUAAAAGGGCUACUAAAGGUUUUAACUGUAAAGGAAAUUGUGAUGCUAGAACUUAUUCUUACAUGAUGCCAACAUUUGCUCUAUCACCUCAAAAUGAACCUUUGUCAGAAGAUUACAGAAUUCCUUCAUCUGUGAUAGAUCUUACCAAUAAGGUUUUAGAAACAUUCCUGGGUACUCAUAAUUACCACAAUUUCACAUCGAGAAAGAAGCCAUUGGAUCCAAGUGCGAAAAGAUAUGUCAUUUCAUUUUCUUGUGGGGAUCCUUUCAUUAUUGAAAAUAUGGAAUUUGUUAUAUUAAAAGUGAAAGGCCAAAGUUUCAUGUUGCACCAAAUAAGGAAAAUGGUUGGGUUGACAAUUGCUAUUGUUCGAGGUCUAACAUCUAUAGAAACCUUAACAAGAGCAUAUGGAGAAGAGAGACUGGAUAUCCCUAUUGCACCUGGAAUAGGCUUGGUACUUGAAGAGGUUCAUUAUGAUAGAUACAACCAAAGGUUUGGAAAGGAUGGUAUUCAUGAACCUAUUGAGUGGUCAGAUGUUGAGGAGGAGCUUGAAGAAUUUAAAAAACAAUACAUCUCGCCAACAAUAGUAAAGGCAGAAAAAGAAGACAAAUCCAUGUUGGUUUGGCUUAACUCUCUACCUCUUCAUAGUUUUGAUGUUCGAAUUGGGGACAGAAUUCAAGUGAAUACAGAUGACUCGAACAUAAAUAAUGAACCAAUUAAAGAGAAUAAUGAGGACACUAGUGAUAUUAAAGAAAAAUUGCAUUUGCCCUUGACUGAAGGCUUGAAUGGGACUCUUACUAAUGAAACCUUAAAAAAUAGUUAA